AUGCAAACGCCACACACUCCCCUCGACACCUCAAUGGCCGAUGAUGAUACUCCACUUCAAAACAACCCUCAAGAUUUUGGAAAAUCGCUUCACGGGUGCAAUCAUUACCGGAGAAGAUGCAAAAUUCGUGCUCCGUGUUGUAAUCAGAUAUUUUUCUGCCGUCAUUGUCACAACGAAGCCACGAGCGCGUUGACAAACCCUAAGGAACGCCAUGAAAUUGUUCGGCACGACGUUAAACAAGUUAUAUGUGCAAUUUGCAAUACUGAACAGCAGGUUGCUCACGUCUGCACCAAUUGUGGAGUGAAAAUGGGGGAAUACUUCUGUGGAAUUUGCAAGUUCUAUGAUGAUGAUAUUUCAAAGGAACAGUUCCAUUGCCAUGACUGUGGAAUAUGUAGAGUUGGAGGUGGUGCAAAAUUCUUCCAUUGCCAAAAGUGUGGAUCUUGCUAUGAUGUAACGUUGCGUGAUAAUCAUGCAUGUGUGGAGAACUCUAUGAAAAACCACUGCCCUAUAUGUUAUGAGUUUCUUUUUGACUCUAUCAAGGGUGCAACAAUCAUGAAUUGUGGACACCCGAUGCACAUGGAUUGCUACAAGGAGAUGAUCAGCCAAAAUCAAUACCGUUGUCCCAUUUGCUCAAAAGCGGUGUGUGAUAUGUCUAGAACCUGGCGAAGAUUAGAUCAGGAGAUUGAAGCUACUGCAAUGCCUGAAGAAUACCGAUACGAGAUUCCAAUCCUGUGCAAUGACUGUAACAAUACUAGCAAAACAUCGUUCCACAUUCUUGGACACAAGUGCAGUAACUGCAAGUCUUACAAUACACGAAGAAUUGGGACACCAAACAACUCGUUGGAGCCACAGAUUUAA